CGAAGACCAGAAAUUGUUUUUUAUCGAAACGCUCAGAGAUUCCCUUUUUCAAUGUUGCCUUCUUCUUCUUCUUCUUCUUCUUCUUCCUCUCUCUAUGGUUUUGAAAUUGAUGCUUAGCCUUUGUUUGGUUGCUGAGAAAAUGGAGGAAAGUGCAAGGAAGCAAAUCCACGAUGUAAUUUCGAGGAUUCUGCUUAGUAUAUUAGAAGGUUGUUCACAUCCCUUUCAUUAUGGGGUUUUGGAAUUGUGAAGGACCGAGUUCUUCGAUUUUGUUCAUCUUUUGUGAAGGUUGAGUUCUGGUGGAUUUCAUGCUGUGAAGCAUUAUGCCUUCUCUUUUUAACACGUUCACAACAUGCUACCAGAUUUGAAGGACAUAUUUUCUUAAUUUUCUGCAAAGUUAGAAAUUUUUGGAGUUUGGAAUAUUGCACAAGUUAUAUAUCAGCAUGAAGACACUGGCACAAACGAAAGCCAAAGUACCUUCUAGGUUUAAUGUUCAACAAUCGACUUUUGAGUUAAGAAGCAAAGUGGUUCUUGCACUAAGCAAGCUUGCAGAUCGAGAUACAUGUCAAAUAGGUGUUGAUGAUCUUGAGAAAAUAGCUCAAUCUUUGACCCCAGAUGGGAUUUCUCCAUUCCUUUCUUGUAUUUUGGACACAGACAAGGAGCAGAAGAGCGCAGUUCGAAAGGAAUGCAUUAGAUUGAUGGGUGUACUGGUGAAUUUCCACAGGAGUCUUCUUGGGCCUCAUGUAGCUAAGAUGGUUGCUACAAUUGUCAAGAGGCUUAGAGAUCCGGACUCUGUUGUGAGGGAUGCUUGUGUGGAAACUAUGGGUGUUUUGGCUUCUAAGUUGAGUGACCAUGGAGAUGCAAAAGGUGGAGUCUUUGUUUCUUUGGUGAGACCUCUUUUUGAAGCUAUGGGUGAGCAGAAUAAGCAAAUGCAGUCAGGUUCAGCAUUGAGCUUGGCAAGGGUCAUUGAUAAUACCCAUGAUCCUCCAGUUUCCAUUUUGCAACGGAUGUUGACUCGAACUGUCAAAUUGCUUAAGAAUCCACACUUCAUGGCAAAACCAGCAGUAAUCGAGUUGAAUAGAAUUAUUAUUCAGGCUGGGGGUGCUCCAUCACAAAAUGUUCUAUCUGCAGCAAUGACUAGCAUCCAAGAAGCACUCAGAAAUAGUGACUGGACCACUCGCAAAGCAGCUUCUGUAGCAUUAGCAGAAAUUGCUUCAAGUGGUCAAUCUUGGUUGGGAUCUUUCAAGCGUUCCUGUAUCAGUUCUCUUGAGUCAUGCCGUUUUGACAAGGUAAAACCAGUUAGGGACACAGUACUUCAUGCUCUACAGUACUGGAAAAGUCUUCCAGGGCCUGAUACUCCUGAAUCUUCGGAAACUGGAUCUUCAAUUAAAGAUAAUUUCUAUAGAGGCGAAUAUAGUGAUAUCACCAGUACCAACGACUCUAUGAGGAAGGAUGUUACACCAAAUAGAGUUGUUACAGACUCGGCCAAAAGAAGGAUUCCUUUAUCUGUGAAGAAAUCAUGUCAAAAUUACCAGGAGUCUCAGCACCCCAAAGCAGAUGAAUGGCAAAUUGAAAUUGCAGUCCCAAAAUCCCUUAAUGUUUCUUUAGCAGAUAUUUGUACUGAGGAAUCUGAGGGUAGUUCUGUCACCAAGACUCUGGAAAGAAUCAAUUCUUACAGCACUAGUAUACCAGAUAAUGGCUGUGAAUAUGCACCAGUUGAUGACAAGCAAGAUUGUUCAUCAGUGUCCAACCUAGUUUCUGACAACUUUGAGACUAAGUUUGUGACAGUUUCUCAGGACUCAAUUGAGGCUGGUGGCUUGCUAAGGUCCACCGGAAGAAAUAGACGGUUCACAGCUGAAGUGAUUAAUAAUGAGGAACAAACACAUUCUGCGAAGGUUAGAGAUCGUGGAAGUCUUGAUUCUACACUCACAGAGAAUAGUUUUCAACCUUCGCAUGGAUGCUGUUCACAGGUAGCCACUGAAAUGGCUUGCAUUCAAAAACAACUUUUGGAGAUUGAAAACAAACAUUCAAGUUUAAUGGAAAUGCUACAGGUAUUUUCAACUGGCAUAAUGGAUGGCUUAUCUAUGUUAAAGUCUAAGGUAUCAGUUUUAGAGCAUGAAGUUGAUAGAAUAUCUCAUGCACUUCUGCAUGGGGCGAGACAUUCUGAUUCAGCAAUCUCUAAACUUAUGAAGCAGAACCAAAGUUUUUCUUCUCCCAGACUCUCAACAUCCUCACCAAGGCCGUCUGUUGAUAUUCACAACAAACAGCCUUCAUUGUUUUCAGCAAAGAACUCUGACAUUUGGGAGGAAAAUGCAUCUGGUAGAAGCAGAUCAGUCAAUUUGAAAAAGGCCACAGAGAUGAGGAUUAAUCCUACUGUAAAGACUAGUAGGAAUGCCAUGAAGGACAUGCAGGAUAUCUCUGGACAUGGAGCAUCAAAUAGGAAUUGCACAAGAAAAGUUGAUGCUGUCCUUGCUUCAGUUUCAAGUGCCAAUGCAAGAGAAAUUGGUCCAGAGAACAGCAAUUGCCUGUGGCAACGUGUUAAAGGUUUUCUAUGCAAAGGAGACCUUGACUCUGCAUACGUGGAAGCUCUUUAUUCGGUUGAUGAACUUGUUCUAGUUGAGCUUCUUGAUAGAACUGGUCCUGUACUGGAAAGUUUGUCCCACAAAACUGUCAGUGACAUACUGAGCACUCUGGCAUCUUACUUCUUAGAACAAAGAUUUAUGAACUCUAUAAUCCCUUGGUUGCAGCAGGUAGUGGACUUGAGCACAAUUCAUGGACCGGAUUACUUUGUCCUCUCUGCUAAAGCAAGAAGGGAAUUCUUGUCAGCAAUUCAGGAGGCUUUUAACAUGGAAUUUUCUAAUCCAGCUGAGAGAAGAUCUAUUACUCAACUUGCAAUGAGAUUGUGCCACCUGUGGGGCAGUAGCGGCCAAUAAUCAGAAGACUUUUCAAUUAGGUGUACUGUUGAUGCAAUUGAUGUUCAACUCUUUGGCCUUCGUAAAUUUCCUUUUUCUUGAUAUGUCCGAGAAGAAAAGGAGUUUAUUAUGAAUAUGUGGCUGAUUGUUUUAUGUUGCAUUUUCUUUAAUAUCUUGCCUCUAAGUGGACUCUACCACGGUUUGGUUUGGUUUGGGUUGGGUUUGAGAUUGGCUUGGUUAAGUUGAACAACAAAAUUGAUCAAAGGUUUACGGGUCUGAAUAGGAUCAGAAUUGAGACCUCUA